AUUUAUAACAAGUCUGAAUGGUUUUUUAUCCAUUUUGUGUUCAAUACCAUUUUAUAGGCUUUCAUGCUAUUUGCACGAAACGUGCCAUUAGACGCAGUAGGGGUUUUCUCUUUUCCAUAGAGCAUUAAACAUUUGAAAAUGGCGGCCAGCGGCAGCGUGGCGGUAAAUUUGGUUGCCCGCCAGUGGAGUCCUUACAAAGAACUUUGUAAUACAGUUGAUACAGCCAUUACACAGAAGACACCAGAUUCUUACUAUGACUUGGAGGUUGCUCUUCGAAAGUACAAGCCAGAUUUUAUUUCGCUGCUAAAGAACCCAGCUAAGAAUUUACAACACAGAGAGAAGAUAAAGAAAGCAAACAAAGAGGGAAUCGUUAUAGAAGGCCAACCUGGAACAAAAACACUCCCAACGCAAUUCAUUGAAGAAUCUCUUAUCAUUAGUGACCUGUUUGACCUCAAUGAAUAUUCAGCAGUUGAGCUUCUUUUAGCAGGAGAACAACAGCAGCCCCACUAUCCUGGAAUACCACGAGGACUGGUAGCCGUCCUCCUGUAUUAUGAUGGCCGUAGAAGUAUCGUGAAUGCCCUCCACCUACUCAUACAAUCUCGCAAAGGAAGAACAUGGACCCUGGAGUUAGAUGAAGAGAUGAUGCUGCUCACAACUAAAUUCACAAAUGACCUACUGAAGGAUGGAUUAGUUGACAAGAUCUUACGCCUGCUUCUUGAAUUUCUACCGGAAAAAGAGAUUGAGAAACUGGCAAAGCAAAGAGCUAUUGGGAGUUUCAAGCAUCGUCAUCAGGUGAUGGAACUGCUGAAGGAGAUUCGAUGUUCACUUUCAGAAUGCCUAUUUUCUCUUGCCUGCCAGACACCCCUUGACAAGGCAAACACAAUGGCACUGAUGGACUACCUGAAGAAAAAUGCAGCUCUGACCGCUGAUGGCACUGUAGAUGAUGAAACUCUAACAUUGUUAAUUUCCUUUAUGUACUGCGCACAUGUAGGUGUCUUGGAAACUGAUGCAGAGAGUCGAAAUGAUAAAAGUUACAUCUUAGAGAUCCAAGAAAGUUUAAUAUCAGAUGAUGUCUGGGCUGUUCCUGCUGUCAAGUCUACAUUACAGUUUGUUUGGGCAGUGAUGCUCAGAAAUAUUGCCCAACAGUCUGAUACGCAAGACUUACAGGAACUUAUUGAGGCAGAUGAGAUGCUGAUGGACAUGGCACUGGAAGGAAAUGCAUUCAAGUUUCUUCUAGAUACCAUCACCAAAAAGGAGCACUUCCAUGAUAGUGAAUUUCAAGUGAGGCGCUUUCAUGCCCUUAUUACAGAUUUCAUUGUCCAGAUGCCACUAAAGAUAAAAGAGCUUCGUAACCGUGGAGAUGAAGCUGCACGCAUUCUGCUUGCUCAUGCACAAGAAGGAGUAGAACCACCAGUAAACCUUCCAAGGCACUUUGAAUAUUUCAUGAGAUUGAUUUCAGCCUUGUACCGAACUGACCCCCUAAGUUUGGAACUGGCAGCUGAGUUUUGGUGUCCGUCUGAACAUACAUUAAGCCCUUCUAGGAGUAGCUACCUAGCACAAUUCAGACAUAGACCAUCAAACAGGCAGGUGAGUUUGUUCAAGUUCAUACGCAUGGCAGGGGAUCUGCUACCGCCCUCGCUCUAUGUGCCUUACAUCGCAAUGCUGACAGGCUUGGCUACUGGGCCCAUAUGUGCUCACCAUUGCUUUAACCUCCUUAAGGUCAAUGGAGCCGCUGGAGGUGGAAGUGUGACAUCAGUAUCAUGGGAUCACUUCUUUCAAUCAUUGAGUCGUUACUAUGCCAACCUCCGUCAAGAAGCCGGGGCAAGCAAUGUCGGAGGUCAAACCUAUCGUCAUAUAUCUGGAAGAGGUAUUACCCCUCAGGAACUUGAGGGACUGGUCACUGUGCUUAAAUUAGUUCAAACUGUUGCUGAAUGGGAUGAAGAAGCACGUAUUGGGCUGUGUGAGAACCGAUCCUGGUUGCCAAUCGUUCUGUUGCUUGGUAUUGUAACUUGCAGUGUACCACCGCUACUGAAGGCAGAGUGUUUAAAGGCACUGGCAAACUUUGCUAAGACACCAGAACUAGCUGCAAACCUUUGGCAGGCGCUUGAAAACUCUCAGAUUUUACCAACUUUAGACAGGGAUUCAGCAACAGGUUCUGGCAUUCCCUUGGAUUUGGAAAUAGUUGAGUCACGGAAUGAAGAGUUUCCCCUGACCAUAGGCUUCCUGGAAUUCAUGUCGUGUCUUGUUGACAUACCGAUCCCAGAUACCCUCGGCUCCGGUCUGCGAGCACCAGGAUUUGAUCCUUAUUUAGAAUUUUUGCGUGACCAGGUGUUUUUAAAGUUCCACACUCGUGCUUAUCGGGAUACCAAAGAAAAGUGGGAAGUAGCUUCCAAAUCUCUGAAGAUCUUUCAUAAAUUGCUCCGAGAUCAUGAUCCCAGCAUUGAGGAUUUCAUGGACCAAGUACUCGAUAUUCAGGGAGGUGGGAAAACAGUCGCCAACAAGCCUGCAGGUCAUCAUCUCCUCUUGCACCUGCUUAAUGAUAGUCACCUUCUUAAACUGAUGUUGUUUAUAAUCCAUGAAGCACGUAGGCUGCUUGAUCAAUAUAAACCAUUUCCGGGGAAGGAACAUUUAGAGUCUGCUGCCCUCUAUUGCCUAAAGAUGAUUGACAUUGCUUUAGAGAAACAAGAAAAGUUCUUUGACCUAGUCAGAAGUCAAAGUUUAGGGGUCAUGGUGACCCCCAUGGACCAGUUGCUGAUGUCAAUUAACCCCAAAACAGGCAAAGCAGAUCAUUUGGUGAACAUAGCAAAGUUCGUGUCCCAUGCCACUACUCACCCAGAGCAUGCAUUGGUUUCUGUCAGAGUAUUGUUAAACGUUGUCAAGACAUCAAACAUCCAAUCGCAGAUCGUUGGUUUUUUUACUGUUGAUGAGGCUGUCUCCAAAGAACUCAUAAUCGGUUUUGUAGAUUGUCUUGAAACUGAAGAUCACGAAGAGGAAGAGGGGGAAAUACCACAGAAUUUCCAAGAUAUCGAAAGCAUGGAUGUGACGAACAUUCGCAACGCAACACGUCUUUUCAUCAUGCAGCUUCUGCUCUUCUCUUUAGGCCAACCGGCUCCAAAUUUAGCACAUCUACUUCUGGGAUUUGAUAUACAAAAACCAAUUAGUAAGAGUAACCUCCAAGACCCAGGUGUGUUAGGCUCGCCACGUACCUGUCUUCACGCUAUUUUAUGCAUCCUGGAGAGGGGCAUUGGGAAAGGUUCCAGACUAACCUCCAUUCACACGAUGCCAAAGCUAGCUGAUCUGUGCUAUGAGAUGGUGUACCAAAUAUGUUCCAACCGCGAGACGUGUAUCCCAAUCAUGCGCUAUCUCGGCAUGACCCAUAACUUUUUUUACCGUCAUCUAAGGCACAUCCCAUUCGUAAAUGGAAUUGGACAAAAUACAAGUGAGAAGUUGCUACUUAACCAACAAGCAUGGCUACUCAAGUCUGUUGCCGUGGAAAUACGUCUGACAUCGGUCAAUAGGCAAAGGUCCAACACGCAAAGGCUCCUCAAAUUGCUGUUAGAAGAUGUGCCGUCUCCUGUGGUAGACCGAGAUGAUAAUGAUGAAGAUGGAUAUGGCGAAACCAACCAAUCAAUUCUGGAGACAACUGUAGGUCAACAGGUUGGGCCUAGUAUUACAGGUAUGCAAAUUCGUCGAAAAAUCCUGCAGGUUCUAGACAGCAUUGACCUGACCCAGGACUACCCUGGGACCGUUCAGCUAGACUUACUUGAUCCCACUGUCACGGAACAAUUGAUUAAAUCAUGUGAACAGCAGACGGACCGUGGGAUGACUGUUUGUAACAUACAUGCCUUGCAUCGAGAAUUAAUGGGCAGGUUGAAUGCCCAACAAGGCCCUGCUGUCAUAGGAAAUCGACCACGUAUCUUACAGGAAAUCCAAGCAAUUUUGAAAAACGUAGUAGAAUGCAAUCUAACAAAGGAGAUGGCAGCGGCUAAACGCCACUCUCUUGAUGCUUGGCGGCACGUGGUGGAAACUCUGUUUGUUUCAUGUUCUCAAGAUUUACUCCCUCUAGAGUUACGAGAAACCAUACUGCUCGAGUUGAUUCAAGAACUGCUGACAAAGGUUGCUGAUGAUGCUACAGUGCCAGAGCUUACCGCUCCUGUAUCAGGCAUUCUAGUUUCUCUAAUGACAAACUUGCACCAGUGUGCCGUAAUAGGUCAGUCCAAGUCCAUCCCAGAGCAGCUCUCUACACAGUACGUUCAUAUGCUGGAUGGAUCAGUAGUGCAUGGCAGUGGGUCAACAUUUGGCAGCUCUGGCGUAAUGACCUCCACCGUGCUGUCAGAGAUUCUCCGCAAACUUCUCACAUUUUUAGUCCAAUCAACUACUGGCCAGCUGCGUGUACGUAGCAAUCUCUACGGAGCUUUAAUGAAUUUUCUGCAGAUGCCACAGAAGGUUCAGGAGAUUCCAACACUGAAAGGCCGGAAUGUGCUGGAUUCGCGCAUGUUGACAGAAUACGAGAAGAUGACAGCUGCAAGCCUGGCAGUAAUCUCGGAGUUCGGCGACAGCUUCAUGGACUUGGUGUGCAGAGAUGCUUGUGAUGGACAUGAUGUUGGCAGGAUGCUAGCAUUGUCAUUAAUAGACUCUAUCCUAGCCACUGACAAGCAACAUCGAUGGCUUCACUUCCUAAACUCUAAGGGAUAUCUAAGACAUUUAAUACAGGGUCUGGUACAAGAAGACCAGGCAUUGCAGAAUAUGUUAAAGCCUACUCCAGAACCACUCCGUGCACUAUACAUUUAUGAAUCAAAAAUGUCCCUCUUAACACGUCUUGGUGAAACACCAAUUGGUGCGGAGGCUCUCCUACAACAAGGGAUCAUGGGAAGACUAUCUGAGUGUCAAUUUCUUGAACUUCGACCUGAGAGGGAUAUAUCAAGGAGGGGAGAGGGUGGAGAUGCCCUCCAGGUGGAUGCAUUCAUACCCACCGUGUUGCACCGGUACAGACAGCUGCUGUUCCCUGUUCUAAGGCUUUGUGUUGCUAUUAUGACCUCUCUUGGGGGUCAACAUAAGGAGGCAGCCAAUCAGAUCUUACGUUUUGUGUUCUCUCACUCUGAAUUGUUCACUGCGAUUCUUCGUGACUAUCCAUCUCGUCUAACAGUCGAAGCUUUUCAAGAGUUGUCUCUAACUACCGCUGUAAUCUGCAGAACCGCAGCAGAUGUUGAUUACUAUGGUGGCUCGCCGUAUGAUGAGAUUGGCAAAUCACAGCUAGUGAUUCAAGGUCACUUGAGCAGAAUCCAGCGUCAGAUCUUAGCAUUGGUGCCACGAUACUGCAUCCACGAUCAUUGGAAUAAACAACUGAAAAUGGCAAGUCAAAAUGAAAUCAAAGAAGAGGACAAGGAGAAGAUACGACUUGCACUACUAGAAAUAAACUCCAACAUCAUUGCCUAUUGCAGGUCAGAGGUCACCAGUGCUGGUGUGACUGGCAGCUCUUGCACUGUGCUGUUUACUCCAAGUUUAUCUGAAGCAUUGGCCAGGGAUUACCACCAAGUAACUGAUAUCCCAAUGGCAUCUUUGAGUGCUACUAAACCACCAAGUCUUGGGAUUAUUGUGCGGCAUCUCCGUCAGGUUGCCAACACCUUCCUGCCAUCAUUAGACGCCCACCAACAGAUGGUCCACAAGCUGUCCAACAUCACAGAAUUAUCCUCCGAGGAACUGAAAGAGAUCAUUAAACCAGUCAUCACUGAUGGAAUUGAGAAACUGUCGGCAAGUUAUCGGCAACAAGUAGCCAGUCGAAAACUUGCCCAGGUGAUUCGGUUGAAAGCCCAGGAGCUGGCCCUCAAAUACUAUAUUUUGGAGAAUUGCCUAUUUUUGAUCUGGCGCCACCUAGAGUUUUACCUAAUCCACUGUCAGCCAGCCGACUCAAAUCACUCUCUGCUGCCACCACUGAUGACACAGAGCCACCAAGCACGAGAUCUUGCUGAUCCUUUUAAUAUUGAUGGAAGUGGGACUGAAGGAAGAAGCUUAUCAUCAACCAUUAAUCAAACUAACAACAUCUCCAAAGGAGACAUUGAACAACUGAAAGAAGAAGCAGUUAAUUGUCUUACUGAGUCUCUUCUCCAAAAAUUUCGAGACGUGGAAGCGCAAUACGGAAAAACUGUUUCACGUUACAGCUUUGUGUCUGUCCUAGCCCGUCGCAUUCACCGACUUCUUACGAUUGGCAUCCAAACUGAACUACCUAUACGCUAAGCUAUUUUGAAAGGUUAAUCCUUAUAUGCGAAUGCAUAAUUGGUCGGUCAUUUCAAUUGCCCGGUAAUGACCUGAUAUUAGCUUAGUGUCAUCAUCCAAGACAUGUGCAAGAUUACAGCAGUUUUUCUCAUUAUGAAUCAUGCAUACAACCAAACUAUAGAACUGCAAGAUGUCCGAAUCUCGGGGUUUCAUUGAAAGGUAAUCCUAUCUCGAAUAGUACUACAGUACCACAAACUCUAUUUGUAUUCAAAUUGGGCGCCCCCUACCUCAUGGUAGUACUUUCCUUUUGUUUCAUUGUGUGCAUGAAAAAUCAGGGCACUCGGAUUUAAUGCAGUUUACACUCGUGAUAAGACUAAUUAAUUUAUUUUAAUGUCCAUUCCUAACAUAUGUUGACAUCGUUCACAUGUGAAAUAUUAUUAAUAAUUUUCAUGCAAUGUUCGGAAGUGUUGUGGCUUGCUAAAAAAAUAUUAUGUUUGUAUGAUAAUACUACUGCUCCACAUUUAUACUUUUCUUGAACUUUUCAAGUGCAUAAAUAAAAGACAAUUGUAUUGAAUGACAAUCUUUUGUAAGAACAGUUGCAAUAAAUGUUGCUACAGUGAA